AUGUCAGCUCUUCUGAGGAGCCUUUUGGCUGCCUCAGAGAAAGCUGCCCGCAUUGCCCAGCUAUGUCGCCAAGAGGAGGCCCUCUUCAGCCUGCUCAUUGAGGAGAAGAGAGGUGCGGACAAGAAUAAGAAGUUCUUGCAGGACUUCAAGACAUUGGCAGAUGUGCUAAUCCAAGAAGUCAUCAAACAUGAUGUGGGAAAAGAGUUUCCAGAACUACAAGAUCACAUUUGUGGCGAGGAGUCCAACAAAUUUGAAAAUGGCCUUGGUGAGAUUGUAGUGGUGCGGGUUUGCCCUACCCAACAGGAAACGGCUACCCUGUUGCAGAAAGUCCUGGAUCGGAAACAAACAGCCGCUGAAUUGUUGGCAGCUGCUGUUCAUCAGGAAGUCGUGCUUUCCGACCCAGCGUUGGACAAUGUGGCUGUGACCAUCUCGACUGACAGCUUGGCUGUAUGGAUUGACCCCAUAGAUUCCACUAAUCAGUACAUUCGUGGGUAUGGCAGUGUGAUGCCAGUGAAUGGCAUCUAUCCAUCUGGACUUCACUCAGCGCUUGUGCUGAUAGGAGUAUACAACCGUCACUCGGGUGAGCCCGUCCUUGGCAUCAUCAAUGAGCCUUUUUUCCAGGAGGAGCUGCCAGCACACAGGUAA